AUGAUGAGCACUUACUCCGAUGACCGGUCUGAUUCGUCAGGCUUUGCCGACUUAGAAGAAUUUUAUGAGAGGACGCGGGGAAAAGUAUCCUCCGAGGUUUCGACACGGCCCCCGUCGCCGGAAGCAAGCCAGGAUGAUCUUGAGGUUCGGAUGGAAGUGCUUGUGCAGGGCCCGAUCAGCGACUCCGAACAACUCGCCGUCAUCAAUCGCUGGCUACAGAACGGUCUGAAGGUACGCCACACACGUCUACAGGCACGAUCUCCAUCCGGUGAUCGACUUACGUAUGACCUUUCGAUCCCUCGACUCGUCGCCAAUGAUCCCGCUGCAUGGAAUCAUCUGGCAAGUGAGCCCCCAGAAAUAGUGCGCAAUGUUCGUGUCGAUUUCACACAUUUUACCGGGCCAUAUGAAUUGGAAGGCACAUCAGGCUCUGUGGCUCCUCAGCAGAUUGAAGAACUUGUCAGGAGCUUGAACAAUACCGAGAGGCUCAACGAUGACCUGACGCGCAACGGGCGCUAUACCAAGGUCACGGUGCUGCCAAUCAUGUUUGAAGCGGUGGAACCCCAUCUGCGGCUGGAACAAGAGCUCAAUGCGCUGAGGGAUUGUUUCGUGAAACUGUUCAAUUUUCACGUCUGCGACAUCUUCAAGAUCCCCGAAGACAGACCCCACCAAAACCUUAAGAGGAAGAUUGACGAGCUCAUACGCCAGCAUGGAAAGAAGGACGAGCUCGUGAUCGUGGUUUACGCGGGACACGGCUUCAAUCCGUUGGAUGUCGAGAGAGGACAAGAAGGGUUUGGCCCAUCGAUUUGGAUCCCCCGUGCGACUUCGGAAUCCCAGGAUGGUGUGGAUUGGUCUUCGAUACAGCCAUCUCUCCACAGCGCGCCAUGCGACACUCUCAUCAUCUUGAAUUGUUGCUUUGCCGGGAAUGCCUCGUUGGGUGGCAUGAAGGGCACCAACGAGAUUCUCGCCGCCUCGGACCGCCAGAGCGUGGCGUACGCGUACAGCCGCUCGUUCCUGAGAGCAUUGAUUGAAGUGCUUGAAAAACUAAAGCCGUCUCGGUCCAAUUUGACGAUCAACAUGGUCCGGGAUCGGCUGGACGACUAUAACAAGAACGACAGAGAAGUGUGGAGGAGGAUCACCUCGCCAUACCACAAACGAUACCCGAAUCUCGACCACCCGAGCAUCAAGCUGCGGACCUUACCCAGUUCGCACGGCCCGCCGACCAAGCGCUCGGCCGGCACGAUGACGCCGUCACCACCUUACAGUCCAUCGUUCUACGUGAAGGUCUCACUGGACUCUGUCGAGCAUGUGUCGCUGGCCGAAUGGGCUUCGUGCUUCGCGAGCGCCAACUACCCGAGCGACGUCAAGUUGCGCUUCUACACGGAGGAGUCCUUGCGGGCAGGGUUGGGUGCAGAUAGUGCAGAAUGA